CAGGCAGGCAGGACGGUUAAGCCAGGGUUGACAGCUCCAUUCACACGGGUGGUAGGGUGAUCUGUAUCUGGAGGUGUGGCACGUCAACCGUACGGACCGCUGCUAUCUUGGCGAAUAAUAGCCCACGCAACAAACGGCUGCAUAUGCAGCACACAUAUCUAGCGGCUUCGUACCUUUGUACUCUUCAUUCCACUGGCCUCAUCUGGCUAUCUGGCUAUCUGGCUGAGCUAAUAAUAAAAAAGGGUUGGACCGAAAUACGGUAUUGAACCCGCAUAUGUAAGGUAUAUAAUAUACUACCUAGGUAGGUAGGCAUGUAUGGAUGUAUUGUACAUAAAUGGGCAAUGGGAAAAGUCACACCGGCUACUACACACGCCCCCUUCGACAUGUUCUCCCUCCCCUUCUCCCACUCUUUUUAUUAACUUACCUCUCUUUUUUUCCUGGGGCGCUUCGAACUAACUUGCCCAUUGUGCAACCGUUGCCGCAGUCUUCUCCGUUCACUCCCUCUCGAUUGAUAGAUCCCAACACCCACUCCGUGGACACUUAUGCCGGGCAAUCACAUAUUGCAUGCGUUAUGUACCUACUGCUGUGCAGGUUGCGGGAGAAAGCUUCCUCUUAAAUGCCUGGCGAUGGCGAUCACACAUGUAGUGAUCAGCCAACCGGCCAUCUUCCAAAUGAUCAAUCAAUCUAAGUAGAUUAUCGAAAAGGCGACAUUCUUAUAACUUCCCGACUCAUGAACCCCAUAAAUAAUCCUAUGGAAGGGGGACAUUACUAAACCCCACUCCCCCGACUUGCUUUUCGAAAAAAACAAAAAAAGCCGCGGCGUGGCUGCGUGGGUAGCGUGUUGGACUAUGUAAUAAGAGACGGUACUCAGGUACACGUGAUGAUUUCAUAGCAGGCUUUGAAACAUUGGCUCUGAUAGGAUCGACUUACCGUUGCUUGAUGUAGCAGUAAUACCUGAAUAGGUAAGUAGGAAGCUUAAGGCGGAGCAGGGCAGCAGGGUCAACGUCGAUGAGGAAAAGCCCGAGGUGAUGAAACAAAUAGAGUAGAUUUAGUAAGGUUGUGCGGUUGAAGGGAUUCUUCGGGAGGGCGCUAUGACAAAGUAAGUAAUAAGCCCCAAACAGCUCUUUUUUUUUUCUUUUUUUUUUGAAGGUCACGAACAGAUU